UCUUCUCAUCUUUCCAAGUCUCAGUGCUCUUUGGCCAAAACGAAAUAGUCUCAUCUUUGCGGCUAGGUUUUCCAUUCCUUCUCGCUUUUCCCCUUUCGAUGAAGCCGCGUGGAUGUAUCCGACACUCUUCUACCUAUCUCAUAUGGAGACGUUGUUCUCUUCUGCUACUUCAAGGAACUUUAUGGGGAAAAAUGUUAAAGAGUCAAGAGUAGUAUUGAAAAAGAUGAUGAACAUGGGCUUGGCACCUAUUGUUGUGAGUUACAAUAUAUUGAUUAAUGCAUAUUGUAAAAUAAAAUUGUUGGAUGAAGCCUUGGAUCUUUUUAAAGAAAUGGGCUGCAAAAAUUUGGUUCCUAAUACUAUCACUUAUAUUGCUCUCAUUGAUGGCUUGUGCAAACCAAAGAGAAUGUCACAUAUGCAAGAUAUUGUUUAUGAGAUGUGUUGCAAUGGUCAAGCUUCUAAUAUAAUAGCCUACAACAUUUUGUUGGAUGCAUUUGGCAAAAUGAAGCAUCUUGAUGAGGCAGUUGCAUUAUAUCAGCAAAUUGUCAACUGAUGAAUACAACCUACAUUAUAAGAUACUGAUUGAUGGUUUGUACAGAGGAGGUAGGCUAGAUUUUGCACAGGAUAUUUUUGAAUUCUUUUUGACCAAAGGCGAUCAUCUAAAUGUCUACACUUACAGCAUCAUGAUGAGUGGACUUUGGAAAGAAGGCUUGUUUGAGGAAUCAUUGACCUUGCUUUCAAAGAUGAUAGAGAGUGGUUGCCUUCCAAAUUUUGUGACGUUUGGAAUGCUUAUACAAGCUCUUUUGAGGAUAAAAUGGGAAUGAUAGGGCAACAAUGCUUCUCUAUGAAAUGAUAGAUAGAGGUCUUCUUCAAUGGUAAAACAAGUUCAAAGGCUCUAUUUUGAUCGAUAAUAUGCUUGUACUAAUGUUGAUAUUUGCCUAAAGUUUUGAGAAAAGUUAUUGGAUUAUUCCUUCUUGUGAUUUCUGUUGAAGAAGUUCUGUUUUAGUCAAGUAUUUGUUGUAGUUAUUUUAACAUCUUGUUGUAAUUCGAUUGGUUAUGGAUUAAUGUAGGCCUGUUCCUUCUUUCCUUAUAGCUCUGUAAAUACCCUGUAUCCAUACUUAUCAUGUUGAAUACUUCCCACACAAACACACUUAUCA